GAGGUGUGGUUAGAAAGGUGGAUUGAGGAAGCAAUAAUGCAACGUGACCUUUGCCCAAAUCCUGUUGUGCACAUAUCCACUCUUAUCCUCGUUUCCCAGAUCACGCUGCACUUUCAGAAGCAGAAACAUCUGACCAUGAUUUCUGGGACUUUAUUUGUGCUUGUACUGCUGUGUGGAGUAGAAGCUGGCAAGGUUUUGGUGUUGCCAGGCGAGUACAGUCACUGGCACAACAUGCGUGCGAUCAUUGACGCGCUGGUCGAUCGUAACCACAGUGUGACUGUUCUGGUCAGUUCUUCAUCACCUACUGUACCGCACACACGGAAGGAGCGGUUCGAUUUUAUCGUGUAUAAAGUCAACACGAAGAAAGAAGAGGCUGAUUCUGUGUUGAGAGAUAUGAUUCAUCUCGGGACAAAUGACACAGCCACCAAAUACAAGGGAGACUUCAUGUUCUGGCGAGUUUUUUCCAACUUUAUGGCGUUCCUUACGGAUAUAUCCAAGGGCAUGUUUCAUGAGGAUCUUCUACACACGCUUCGGGAAUCUCAUUAUGAUGUGCUUUUAUCUGAUCCGAUGAUGCUAUUCCCUGACUUGAUGGCACAGAAGCUGAAUAUCCCGCACGUCCUCUCGACGCGCGGAACGUUCGCGUACAUCGCCGAGCGGCUUUGUGGUCAGAUGCCUGCGCCGCCAUCCUACGUUCCUGCGCUCGCUUUGCGAGAUUACCUCACGGAUCAUAUGAGCUUCACAGAGAGAGUUGAAAACAUGCUCCUCUACAUCAUACAUACAUCUAUACUUCCAUUGGGCAUGAAGUUUACUAUAGAUAAAAUCUACACUGAAAUAUUGGGCACACCUACAACAAUGUGUGAGACCAUGGGAAAAGCCGACAUCUGGUUGAUUAGAACUUACUGGGAUUUCGAGUAUCCACGUCCACUCCUGCCUAAUUUUAAAUUUGUUGGAGGACUACAGUGCAAACCAGCCAAGCCUCUGUCAAAGGAUCUGGAGGAGUUUGUUCAGAGCUCAGGAGAUCAUGGCAUCGUUGUCUUCUCACUGGGUUCCAUGUUGGGCAACCUGACAUUAGAAAGAGCAAACACUAUUGCUUCUGCUCUUGGUCAAAUCCCACAAAAGGUUGUUUGGCGUUAUAAUGGGAAAACACCAGAAACUCUCGCCCCCAAUACAAAACUCUAUGACUGGAUCCCACAGACUGAUUUGCUUGGACAUCCAAAAACAAAGGCCUUCAUAACCCACGGUGGGACAAAUGGAGUGUAUGAGGCUAUUUAUCAUGGUGUCCCAAUGGUGGGCUUGCCACUGUGGGGUGACCAGCCUGAUAAUCUAAUGCACAUGAAAACCAAAGGAGCUGCUGUUGUUCUUAAUAUCGACUCAAUGCUGUCCAAAGACCUGGUGGAUGUUCUCAAGACUAUCAUAAAUAAUCCAUCGUACAAGGAGAGCAUCAUGAGACUGUCCAGAAUCCACCAUGAUCAGCCGAUGAAGCCUUUGGACCGGGCAGUUUACUGGAUCGAAUUUGUGAUGCGGCAUAAAGGAGCUAAACAUCUACGAGUUCAGGCACAUGAUCUGAGCUGGUUUCAGUACCACUGCCUGGAUGUAGUGGCCUUCUUACUCUCAAUCGUUGCACUCAUCACAUUCCUCUUCAUUAAAACAUGCCGUUGCCUUUUCCGUAAAUGUUUCAGAAAGACUCGUCCUGAUGCCAAAGCGCAAAACCGUAAAAAAGAGUGAAUGCAAAGUAGGUUAGCACAGAGCAGAUCCCAAUUCCAGACCAGUCUCAACAGUACAACUAUCAUAAACAUGGAUUAAAUAAGAAAAAAGGACACAAUCAGUGCAACCAAAAUAUGUUUAUUUUCAUAUUAAACAUUGCAACAUUAAUUUAUCAUUUAGUUUGGGGCUUUUGAAUUUGACAGGUUAGAUUAAGUAAAUUUGGUAAUAAAAUAUAAAUACACGUGAAUGUAUUAUACAUAUUAAAGGAAAGUAUGGCAAGUUAUAUUUGCUUACAGACGUAAAUCAAACUUUAAACUCCUCUAAUGUGCACAACUUGUUUCACCUGAGUUUGAUGACGUUGAAGGGUGCUGCAAAUAAGUGCAUCAACAGAUAUCCUGUUCUUAGGGAGUAGCAGUGAACACUGAAUGAUUUUUAAUCAUUUUUGUCAUUAAAACUUUUGACUGCUUUUUUAUAUUUAUAAGUGCAUUAAAGCUGACACAUAUAUGCCUGUAUAAUUUGAAAAGAUUCUUAUUUUGUGAAAAUAAAAUGUAUCUGAUAGUAAAGUGUUAAUAGAUAUUUCUGUCAGUAUCAUCACAUUAGGCAAUAUUAGGACUUUUUUUUUUUUUUUUGGCAAAUAAGCAGACAUUAUUCUUUCAAGAUGUAGGGCUGUGUAAUGUAUGCAGCUUUUUUAAGCAUUUGAGUAGAGACAAAAUAAAGCAUAUUGUUAAAGCAUGCAGUGGCUGACAACCCACCAGGGAACAAAGAUCAUUCCCCCAAAGAACAGCAUUUAUUCAAAAUAGAAAUCUUUUUAAACAAUAUACACUACUGUUCAAAAGUUUGGGGUCAGUGAUUUUUUUUUAAUGAGAAUCCUUUAUUCAGGAUGGAUGUGUAAAAAUGUAAAUGUGUAAAAAAUGAAAAGUCACAGUAAAAA